CUGUUGAGCAGCAUACUUGUGCAGGAGGACCCUAAUCCCCUGACUGCUCUGCUCUGUGGCACACUGUUCCAGAUUAAGCAUUACCUCACACAACAUAAGCCUCUUACCAGGCAUUAUGGGAGUUUACCGCUAAGGCGUCGGAUGGAUGAUGAGGAGGAGGACAUGUCACGGCCCAUCUCGCAGCCCUGGGGAACGCCCUUUAGGGACGUCAAAUACGAAAACCGAGCCACGCAGAUCGCCGGACAGGCCCUCCCUACUGUCACCGCUGCUGUGCCCACGUCGCAGAGCCACAAUAACAACAGCAUCAGCAUCAACGCGCUGUCCUGCGGCUUGCCUCGCAUACCCUUUCACGGCAACGCUGGAUUACGCUCACAUUUCCCCGCUCAGUUUGAGCCUAUGGAGGACCGGGGAGAGAGGCAAAUUGAAGAGGAGGAGGAGGAGGGGAGAGGGCAGGAAGAUGACAGGAUGGCAGAGAGGCCCGAGGAACAGGCAGGGGUGAGCGUCGAGGCGCAAAUUGGCCGAAAACUUCGGGAGAUCGGAGACAAGUUCCACCAGGAUCACGUUGAACUGUUCAUGAGGCACCAGAGACAAAACCUGCCUGUCUGGAUGCGCCUUACGAUGGCCCUGUUUGGCUUUCUGUUUCCAAGACAGGCCGUCAUCCCCCGCCUGAGGGGAGAGCAGAGAUGAGGGGACUUCCUGCUGGUCCUUGCCUCGGCCCUUGUCCCCCUCCUCCCCUCAUAUAUAGACAAGGGACCAGACUUAAAGAGAUGGCACUGUAAGAUGGAACACGGGUUUGGAUUUUGUUUUCUAAUUGAAUAUGAAGAUGCGAUGAAGAAAACACUGGUCACCGCUGGACGGAGACUGAUUACAAUUCUUUUUUUUGUUGUUUUUUUCUGGGUUUUUUGGGUUUUUCGCCUCUCCAAGAAGAAGCCAUUGUGUUUGAAGAGAUAUUUUCGAAAUAUUUGUAAGAUUGCCUAUUUUGUACAGUAAACUGCUCUUUGUAUUUGGUAUUUCAAGUCUUGAAGGACCUCCAUCAGUCCAGGGAAUGCCUUAUUCUCUCCUGCCACAGUACAACUCUUUUGCGUCAAGGAGAUCAUAAGAAAGAGAUUUAAGAUUAGGCCAUGUUUUUGGCGACAAACUGUGGAUGUGGACAUUUCUGUGCUGAAGUUACUGACUUAAAACCUUGAGGACUCGAGGCACGUUUCUAAUUUAUUCUCAGAAAAACAAUAAGCCCUGUACUUAUCCUUUACUGUUCCACACUGGCUAAUUUGAAAAUGGUUGUCACAACAUUGUGGCGGUGUUGCACAACUGUGCUGCACUGCUAUGUUUUACCAACUUCCACUGUAGAUGUAGAGACAUUGUAUCAACCUGUGUCUUUUUACUGGUGUCGGCCAUCAGCAUCUCCACCUCCAGUACCACUCAUCUUGUUAGAAGUGGCCUAAUCCCACUGUGUAGAUUCAGAUCCUGUUGAUUUAAAGCAUAAAUGCAUGCAUACUUGAA